UUGAUGGCAUUAAAAAGAAUGGGAAUUGUCAAAGACUACGAGAAAAUCAGAACCUUUACAGUUGCAGUAGUAGGUGUAGGUGGAGUUGGCAGUGUGACUGCUGAAAUGUUGACAAGAUGUGGCAUUGGUAAGCUGCUUCUGUUUGAUUAUGACAAAGUGGAACUGGCAAACAUGAACAGACUCUUCUUCCAACCUCAUCAAGCUGGAUUAAGUAAAGUGCAAGCAGCAGAGCAUACUUUGAGGAAUAUUAAUCCUGAUGUUCAAUUUGAAGUACAUAACUACAACAUCACAACACUGGACAACUUUGAACACUUCAUGCAUAGAAUAAGUAAUGGUGCACUGGAGGAAGGGAAGCCUGUCGACCUUGUUCUAAGCUGUGUGGACAACUUUGAAGCUCGCAUGGCAAUUAACACGGCCUGCAAUGAACUUGGACAAAUCUGGAUGGAAUCUGGAGUGAGUGAAAAUGCAGUGUCAGGACACAUACAGCUGAUCAUACCUGGUGAAUCCGCUUGUUUCGCGUGUGCUCCUCCGCUUGUAGUUGCUGCAAAUAUUGAUGAGAAAACAUUAAAACGGGAAGGAGUUUGUGCAGCUAGUCUUCCUGUGGCAUGAAUGCUUGUACAGAAUGUUCUGAAAUACCUGUUAAAUUUUGGCACUGUGAGUUAUUAUCUUGGUUACAACGCGAUGCAGGAUUUCUUUCCAACUAUGUCUAUGAAGCCAAAUCCACAAUGUAGUGACCAAAACUGUAGAAAACAGCAAGAAAUCUAUAAGAAAAAAGAAGCUGCACAACCAAAACAGGAAGUAAUUGAAGAGGUAGAAGAAAUAGUACACGAAGACAAUGACUGGGGCAUCGAGUUAGUAUCUGAAAUGUCAGAAGAUGAGCUGAAGGCUGCAUCUGGCCCAGUACCUGAGCUUCCUGAGGGAAUUACAGUGGCAUAUACUAUUCCAAACAAGGAAGAAAAUUUGAUCACUGAAGAAACGGUAACUGAGUCUGAAGAAAGCCUAGAAGAACUCAUGGCCAAAAUGAGAAACAUGUAG